CCAGACUGCUCCUCCCAUUGGAACACUGCGGCAAAGAGCCAACCCAAACUUGGUAUACACACAACUCUCCGUUUCUUCCUCCCAAACUCUAACUGUCUUCUCUCUCUGUCUCUCUCUCUCUCCUUUUUACUUCUUUUCUCGCUCCUCUCCGCUCGGUUCUGGACAAAUCACUCCAUUGGCAAUCUAUCCCCCAUUCAUCCAUUCAACCACUGUUUUCUGGCCCCCCUCUCGACCCCCAACCCACUUGUCCCCUUCGUCUCUCAGUCUCCACCUCCCAUCAUCAACCACACCGAAUCCUCCUUCAUCUUAAUCGGAGCUAUUCCACCUGGAGUUAGCCCGUGCACGGCCUUCUCCAGACGUUGCGCGGUGCUUUUACACCUCCUUGCCCUCCCUCUCCUGCCUGACCGGGGAUCUCAUUUCUGGCAAUUGAUUGUUUCUUUGUGAGAGAGGACCGUCUGAACCAUCCAGACAAUCCCCUGUCUCUGUUACUCCUGAUGAUCGCGACUCCUUAACAUCGCCGACGAACAACCCAAUCUUCUCUGACGUCUUCGUUCAACAUCCCCUUGUUUCCCACCCCGCGUGGCUUCUCCUGGGGAGAAUGACCGUCUCACCGCCAGCGUCACCAACGGGACCCGCCCCACGGCCCAUCAGCGCCCUGAUGCGCACGCCGCGCAGCAAUAGUCGCAUGAGCAUGAGCAGUCGGCAUGGCGGAAGUCGUGCCUCAGACGAGGAUGGCAAGACUGCGGUCAAAGUUGCUGUCCGAGUGCGACCACCUCUCAAGCCCACCGACCCCGGAUACGAAUUAAUUCCCCAGCGAUUCCAACGGUCCAUGGUUCACGUCACAAGUCCAACCAGCGUUGCCGUCGAUGUUCCCCAAGGUCGCAAAUUGUUUGUUUUUGAUCGCGUUUUCCCCGAGACAGUGGAGCAGGAUGGCAUUUGGGAAUAUUUAAAUGAUAGCGUCAACUCGUUCGUCCAGGGUUACAACGUUUCCAUAUUGGCGUAUGGUCAGUCUGGUGCGGGAAAGUCAUAUACGAUGGGAACGUCCGGGCCCAAUGAGCAGGGAAACUCUAGCGCGAUGGGCAUUAUUCCUCGCGCUGCGCAGGCCUUGUUCGAGAAACUCGAUGGGCCGAAACACGCCCGCAAUGGCUCCAGCUCAACUGGUCUUCGAACCCCGCAACGAUACUCCAUGAGCUCGGCCUCGAGCCUUUCACGAGCACCCGUGGAAAAAAAUUGGCAAUUGAAGGCCACUUACGUUGAGAUUUAUAACGAACAACUUCGCGACUUGCUUCUUCCCGACUCGGUGUCCGCCACUGAUCGCAGCUCUGUCACGAUCCGCGAGGACGCCAAGGGUCGCAUUCUCCUGACCGGUCUCCACCAGGUCAACAUCAGCUCGUUCGAAGACCUUAUUGGAGCUCUGAACCAUGGCUCAACUAUUCGCCAAACCGACUCGACUGCGAUUAACGCGAAGUCUUCUCGUUCGCACGCCGUGUUCAGCUUGAACCUCGUCCAGCGCAAGACCUCCACGCAACCGAUGUCCCCCAAGGAAAAGCGCAUGUCCAUGCCAGUGGAUUCUUUCUCCAGUGGCGAGUCCGUCACUGUGGAUAGCAAGCUUCACUUUGUGGACUUGGCUGGCAGUGAACGUCUCAAGAACACCGGUGCUUCCGGCGAACGUGCCAAGGAGGGUAUUUCCAUCAAUGCUGGUCUGGCCGCCCUGGGCAAGGUCAUCUCACAGCUCUCAUCUCGCCAAUCUGGCUCCCAUGUGUCUUAUCGCGACUCAAAACUUACCCGCCUUCUGCAAGAUUCCCUUGGUGGCAACGCAAUCACAUACAUGAUUGCCUGUGUCACUCCUGCCGAAUUUCAUCUGAGUGAGACUCUAAAUACCAUCCAGUACGCACAACGAGCACGGGCAAUUCAAAGCAAGCCUCGCAUCCAGCAGAUUGCCGACGAUGGCGAUAAGCAGGCUUUGAUCGAUCGCUUAAAGGCCGAGGUGGCCUUCCUCCGUCAGCAAAUUCGCAACUCAGAAGGCUCCGAGCGCCGGGAUGUGGCGUCUACGGAACGGAGCGAGCGCAAGAACGAGCGGGAAAUUCAGUUGCAGAACCAGCUGCUUGAUGCGCAGGAAAGCUAUAAUGCACUCAGCCAGCGCCACACUAAGCUCAUCUCACAACUUGCCAAUGACUCGACCACCAACGGAGAACAUGAGGCUCACCCCGAUGACUUGGGCAAGAGUUCUAUUGAGAGAAUCCAGCGAUCGAAAUCUUUUGCCGAAUCUGUGGAGCAGGUUGUUGUUGAGUACGAGAAGACCAUCCAGGCCUUGGAAUCGUCCCUGUCUGACACUCGAGCUUCCCUGGCCACCACGGAGAGCACCCUUUUGGAGCGUGAGACCAAAUGCACCUAUGUUGAGACUGUGAAUGCGCAACUCCAAUCGCGUCUGCAAAAGCUGUUGGACCGCGAGGCCAGUACUGAGACUUAUCUCCACGAGCUGGAAUCCAAAUUGGACGGUGCCUCGACUGGAGAGGAGAGGCAUGCCACCAUCGUUGCUGAGCUGCGUAAGGAGCUCAGCCGUGCUCGCGAAAAUGAAGUCGGCUGUGAAGAGUACAUCUCGACUUUGGAAGACCGUCUUGCCGAGUCUGAUCAGGACAUGGAGUUGAUGCAGCGCGAGGUGAUUCGACUGGAGCAUGUUAUUCAGCGCCAGCGAGGCCUGGGAGCUCUGGACAACCUCCUACAUGACCUCGAUACCCGUCACCAGCAUCAGAACGGCGAUGAGGACGAGGAGCUGCACACCAACGGCGCCGAUGUUUCUCACGUCCCUCUCCCGGUCAAGACUUCCCACCACAAGCACACUCCGUCCUUGGAUGUUCUGAACGAGGCUGCGGAAACUGCGAUUCCCGAAUCCGACGAGGGCUUGACCGAGCCUAUUCUCGAAGAGGAGGAGGAAGAAUCUGUUGAAGAGGUCGAAAAGGCCACCGAGGAACCGGGUGAGGAUCUCAAGGUUCUUGAAAACGUGACCAGCCAGCUCCAGGCCCUCCGUGCCGAAGCCGUGCGUGAGGAGCCCGUUGCCAGCCCCGCCCAGUCCAAGUUUGUCGUUGACAAGCUGGAGACUGUUACCCAAGAACUCUUCGAGCUUCGCCUCAGCCAUGAGAACACCCUAAGUGACUAUGAGAUGCUCGAGGCCAAGUAUGAGGAGGCCCUGAAGGCGCUCGCUGAAAUCCAACAGGACAAGCUUGAUGAAGCUCGUCACCCAGCUCCGCCAGUUCAGAACGAACCCUCGCGUCCUGUGUCUUUUUUAGAAGACGCGACCGCUCCGACUUUGAAGUCUGGAGCACAACACUCAUUCUCGCAAUCACUCUCUUCGGAAUUAUCCUCGGCCGGGGAGUCGCCUGCUUUGCGCGGGCUUUCUGAAGACUCCAAGCACGACGAGAUUUCCACGCCUGUCACCCCUAUUGCCUCUUCUGUCAUUGCUUCUGUCGAUGCCGAAGAAGCUGAGAAGAUGCGCAAGGUGCUUGCUGAGCACCAGGCCGAUGCUGACCGGAUGUCCCAGAAAUACGCCGAGCUCCAGACUGAGCACGAGGAGAUCCUCGCCCUUGUGGAGAAGCUCAAGGCCGAGGCCGAAGCCCAGCGCCACAAGCCCAGCCCUCCUUCCACCCCUGGCUUCAAGAUGAUCCGCCGCAUGACCAGCCAGAACCUCUUGUCGGGUGUCGACCGCGCUCACCGUUCUCUCACCGCGCUGCGGACUAUUGCCAACGAAGAGCUUUCCGGCAAGCCCGAUGUCUACCAACACUUCGAGGCUAACCUAGAUGCCACCAUGCACGAGCUUUCCUCCCGCAUGGAGCGUCUCCAGUCCCUGGAAGCCGAGAAUCAGAGCGUCAAGAAGGAGAUGGAGAUGAAGGCAACUAUUAUUUCUGGUCUCACUCGUGAGCGAUCGAGCUUGUCAGGUGCUUCGUCUGUCGACAUGGCACUUGUCACGCAACUUCGUGACCAAGUCGUAAGCCAGGAGAAUCAAAUCCAGGAGCUUCGGACAGCCCACGAAGCUCGAGAGAAGCAACUUCUGGCCGAGAUCGAGAAUCUGAACGCCCUGUUGAAGAGCCAGGAGGUCGCGGCCAAGGCUUUGGACGCCGGCGCUGAGGAGCAGGACAAGAAGAUUGAUGCUCUGGAGGGUGAACUGACGGAGUGGAAGGGCAAGCACCAGUCUGCGCUCGAGUCUCUGCAGGCCUCUGAGCAGCAGCUCGCCACUACUCUUGCGGAGCUGGAGUCUUCCCUGGUCGCUGUGGAGGCCAUGCGCUCAGAGCGCUCUGGUACCAGCGAGACAUCUUCCGACAAAGAGGCUGCCGCACAGGUCCUUGAGGCUGAGCGCGUCAAGCAGCAGGAGCUGGUGAAUGGUCUUCAGAGGGAUAUUGAGGAGCACAAGACCACGAUCUCCACCCAUGUCAAUACGAUCGCCACCCUGGAGAAGUCCCACGCGGAUCUUCAGCAGCAACUGCUUGCAAAGUCUUCCGCCACUGAACUUGACAAUACACCGGGCGAUAUGACUCGCAUCACCGAACUUGAGCAGGAGAUUGCUACUCACAGAUCGGCUAUCGACUCCCAGAAAGGUGGCUUGGACUCACUCCAGGAAUCUCACAAGCGUGAACUUGCCGAGCUUGAGGAACGGACCCGAGCCGCAGUUCAAGCUGAACAAGAGUCUCGUCUCGCUGAGAAGGAUGCCGAGCACGACAAGACGAUGGCAAACCUGCAGAAGGAGAUCGCUGAUUCCCGCGAUGAGCUGGUGCAUUUGCUCACAGCCGUCUCGUCGCUCCUCAAGUCCGAUGUCACCAGUGCCACGCUCACUGACCAAAUUCAAGAUGUCUUGGCCCAAAAGCAGCACUUCUCUGAGAAAUACGCUGAGCUCAUGGAUACCAAUGAGGAUCUCCGCAAGCAGCUUGAGGCUGCCGGUGAUAUUGAAGAACUGAACAAGAAGAAUGCCACCCAGGAAGCCAAGGUUAAUGAGCUGGCUCUCUUGGUUGCCACCCUGGAGGACACUCUUCGCCAGAAGGAUGAGCAGGUCAAGAAGAAGGAGGCUCUCGUUGAAGAGAUCACCGUGGAGAAGCAGAAGAGUGUGCGCCUGGUUGAGGAGCUUGAGGAGCAGAUCACCAACAGCUUCGACCAGCACCACAACCGUCUUUCUGUCAUCCAACAGGAGCGUGACCAGGCUCUCGAGGAUGCCAAGGCUAGGAUCGUUAUUCUCGAGAGGGAUAUCGAGACCUACCGCAUGCGCAUUGAGCAGCUUGAGCUUCAACUUAAGAACGGAACUUCCGAUGGUUCCCACGACCGCAGCAGCUCACUCACUUCCAAUCUCCGCAAGAGCUCAUCGGCAGCUUCUUUGCCUUCGCCUCCUCCCGCCAUUCCCCUUCCUCCUCUCCCAACCAUCGCUUCUGCCGCCAAUGGCUCCGGCAGCGUGUCCCCUCCCAGCUCUCGCCAUGCUAGCAAGGAGCUGGUCAAUGCGCAGAUCGUUGAGGACCAGGAGGCUCGCAUCCGUACCAUCGAAAAGCACCUGUAUGCUGAGAAGCAGUUGACUGCCACCCUCGAAGAAGCCCUUGGCGACCUCGAGGCCCAGAGUAACAAGGUCAAGAACGAUUGUGAGAACUGGAAGAAAAAGGCUUGGGGUCUCGAGGACGAGCUCUCCACUCUUCGCAAGGAGCGCAACUCUGCUCGCCUGUCUCUCCAGGCUGUCGAGGAGGAGCGUAGUGCCCGCAAAGAAGCUGAGGCUGCUCGUGCUCAGCUGGAGGAGCGCAUGAAUGCCCUCAAUAAAAAGAAGAAGAAGAGCACCCUUAACUGCUUCUAAGCCGAGCCACUCGCCCCCUUUGCCUGUCUCUCACAUACUCGCCCCUUGAAAAAAGCGUGAUGUGUUUUUUAUCUUAACCUUAACGCCUGUCAUUACCGCUCUCACACCUGGAUAUGUACACUUUUCUUCUCUGCUUCUACUUGUUUCAUACCCUUUUUUCUUUCCCCUUCUUCUUUUUGAUCCGAUUAUCUGUGAUUCGAUUAUGCCCCCUGCCUUACCUAAAUAUCUCCAACACAAGCCCUUGAUCCCACCCCAUUACCUGUAUUAUGACAUGUACCUGCUUUCUUCUUUCUUUUCGUCGUCGAUUCUUCGAUACCUCUUCUGCCUUUCUGCUCUGUGCCAUAGUAAACCACCGUCUACUCUCUCGAUGCACAGUCCCCUUUUCACCCCUUCUUUCUUAUUACAUAUUUUCGAUUUUGUGUGGUUGUCUUCUCGCGCUUGCAACGACAACCCUCGCUGCUUUUAUGACUGGUAGAUUCUCAACUCGCGUCUGAAUUUUCUCAAUUGUACAUUUUCUUCUCUGUGUUGGAUGUCCCUAGAUUGAUGAGUGCUUAGGCUUAAAUGGUUCCUUCUUUCAAUAGUUGUGGUGACCUCGUUCAUGGCUUGUUCCAAAUUCAUUCUCGCUAUAUCCAUUGGUUUCCUUCGUGAAUGCAUGUAUAAGUUAUGUCGCCUUCCCUUUUCUAUCAAGGGUCUUCUGGGCUUGAGACUGAAAGCGGAAUUCAGAUGCUGUUGGGGUUUGCCACCACAGGCCCUUUCAACGGUAGAUCAUAAAGGCGGGUCAUAUGAGGGUACGAGACCAGACAUGUUAAAGAAUGCGAUCUGAUCUGCCGCAUAGGAUUCUCAUUGUCUUGCUACAGAAUCGUGCAUUCCAAGUUGUUGCAGGGCUCAUAGCUUCCAUGUCCAAGCCUUCCCAGCUGCACCCUCGAUUCUCACCCAUAGCGUGGCUACACUAGCAGCGAAGAGCAACACCCCAACGGUAAUAGUCGCCCUUUCGUAAUUGAAAGGUGCCGACAAUGCAGACUGUCCGGGUAACAACAGUCCAGUCAAAGGUGUGCCAAGCAAGGCACCCACUCCUCGAAUAAGAUACAAUGCCCCGUUCACUGACGUGAAAUGUUGAACACCAAAUAGCUCGAUCAGACUUGCCGGGAAUAGCGAGAUGUAUGCACUUCCGAAGCAGCCAUACACGAUAGCAAACAAGAUAAAAAGCACAUCCGCCGCAGGUCCAGAGAUUGCGUUAUUUGCGAAGGUGGCAGGAAGCCAGAAGGCAAAGACGGCGAUCGAGCUCAUAAUGGUUGUCAGGAAAAGCACGUUCAAGCGACCGUACUUGUCAGCCAUGUAUCCGAUGACAAUUCGAGAAACGAAAUUAGCCGCGUUGCUAAUCGUAAUAAAAUUGUCCGCCAUGCUCUCACUAUAUCCAAGUGACCGUGCAAAGGCAGCGUAGAAGAAAAGAGGUGUCGCAUAUCCAGACGACUGUAGGAAACAACCCAAAGCCUGCGAAACAAACUUCUUAGACUUGGCCACUCGCCAAUUCACCAGUGGAACAUUGAUCCAGCCCGUCUUCCUGGAAAUUCCAGCCGUCUGGCCUCGAACCUUGGCCUUGAAGUUCGGCUCCCAGCGCAAAGUAAAGGCCGCGAUAGGAACGAAAAGAAUGACAAGACAACCCGAGAUACGCAAUGCAUUCCGAAAUCCGAUGUGAGAAGUGAUAGCUCGUAGAACGGGAGGCCAUAUCAUUCCACCACAAGCCGAGCCCGAAAUGACGAUCCCCAUCGCCAGACCCCGCCGCUUGUCGAACCACGUUGGCGCGACAGACAUGGUCGGUACGUAGGCCAUGCAAGUACCAAUACCUACAAGGAUGCCUUGUGUCAGGGCGAAUUCCCAGACAUACUCGCUUAGACUGGCAAGGAUACAACCAAGUCCGAAUACAACGCCGCCGCACAUGAUGACGGGUUGUGGACCGUAUAGUUUCGCCCAUGUCAUGGCGAAGGGCCCGCCCAUGGACAUGACGGCGAUAGACAGGGUUCCGAUCAAACUGAUGAUCGAAGAUGAUGCACCGGUAAAUGGGGUAUGUGGUUGUUUGGCCAUUUCUUCGUAGAUAGCUUGGUAUACACCGUAGGCGAAGAUAAUCGCACAGGUCAUGAACAUGACCACGAAGCCUGCCGCGACGAUCAUGCACUGUCGCCUAUAUGAACAUGUUAGUACUACGUCCCACAGUAGUUGGCUACAGAAAAA